AUGGCGGUGGCUUUGGAUGCGAUCCUCGCUCGGAUCAAGGAUGUUUGUAAAAGGAACGGUUUGCUCAUCCUCUCGGUGUUGUCGGUCACCAUUGGCUGUCUCCUUGGGUUCUUCCUCAGGACAAGGCGGCUCUCCCAGCAGGAAAUCAGUUAUUUCCAGUUUCCCGGUGAGUUACUGAUGAGGAUGCUGAAAAUGUUGAUUCUCCCCCUGGUUGUCUCAAGCUUAAUGUCUGGGCUAGCAGCCCUGGAUGCCAAGACUUCCAGUCGAUUGGGUAUCAUAACUGUCACUUAUUACCUGUGGACAACAUUUGUGGCUGUGAUUGUGGGAAUAAUUAUGGUCUCCAUCAUUCAUCCUGGUGGGGCCGCACAGAAGGAGAGCACUGAGGAGGGUGGAAAGCCCAUCAUGAGCUCUGCAGAUGCACUGCUGGACUUAAUCCGGAACAUGUUUCCAGCCAACCUUGUUGAAGCCACAUUCAAGCAGUAUCGCACAAAGAGUAUUCCCAUCAUUAAAGCCAACAAAGCAUCAUCUGAAAGCACAACUCAUCGCAUUAUAAUAUAUGGAGUUCAAGAUGAGAAUGGAUCCAAUGUCCAGAAUUUUGCCUUGGACAUCACUCCUCCACCUGAAGUGAUUUACAAAUCAGAACCAGGCACCAGUGAUGGCAUGAAUGUGCUAGGGAUUGUCAUAUUCUCUGCAACAAUGGGUAUAAUGUUGGGAAGAAUGGGAAACAGUGGUGUUCCUUUGGUCAGCUUUUGUCAAUGUUUAAAUGAAUCUGUCAUGAAGAUAGUGGCAGUUGCUGUUUGGUACUUUCCAUUUGGAAUCGUGUUUCUAAUUGCUGGUAAAAUCUUAGAAAUGGAUGACCCUUCAGCCAUUGGGAAGAAACUGGGGUUUUACGCCAUCACUGUAGUGUGCGGUCUGGUUGUGCACGGCCUGUUCAUUCUGCCAAUGAUGUACUUCUUUAUCACCAAGAAGAAUCCUAUUGUCUUUAUCAGAGGGAUUCUUCAAGCCUUGCUUAUUGCUCUGGCCACCUCCUCCAGUUCAGCCACGCUGCCUAUCACAUUCAAGUGCUUGCUGGAGAACAACCACGUAGACAGGAGGAUUGCAAGGUUCGUGCUGCCUGUGGGAGCCACCAUCAACAUGGAUGGGACUGCACUCUACGAAGCAGUGGCUGCCAUCUUCAUUGCACAAGUAAACAACUAUGAGCUGGAUUUUGGGCAAAUUAUUACUAUAAGCAUCACAGCGACAGCUGCCAGCAUAGGAGCUGCUGGUAUCCCCCAGGCUGGCCUGGUGACAAUGGUCAUUGUCCUGACCUCGGUCGGACUCCCAACGGAUGACAUCACACUGAUCAUUGCUGUUGACUGGGCGCUAGACCGGUUUAGAACAAUGAUCAACGUCCUGGGAGAUGCCCUGGCUGCAGGGAUUAUGGCCCACAUCUGCCGGAAGGAGUUCAUCAAGGACGGUGAUGAGGUGCCAUUGAUCUGUGAGACUAAACCUCUUAACAUCCACCCGAUUGUGGCUUACCAGAGAAACGGCUGUGUGAAGACCAUGAAUGAACCUCGUGGACCAGAAACAGUGAAAGAGUUGGAGCAGCACAUACCUGUACAAGUGGAGCAAGAAGAAAGCCCAGUGGAGAACCACACUAAGAAAUCCAACAGUAAAGACCACUGCACUAUUGAAAUAAAUGAACUAGAAACAAAUGUGUAA